AAAUUGCUUAUUAUUUAUCAGAUACCUAUCAAUUUAAACUUUUUGUGGUAGCUUUUCCUAAAGCAUCGGAAAUAUCGGAAGACUUCGCGUUCAUCAUGUUGGCCACCAUGGUUGCUUAUUAUUCUGUGAAGUAAACCGGAGUAAUCGUUUGACGAUUUGAACUCUUGCGCUGCUCGUGCGUUGCUUGUUAGUGCAUGGUGCAUGAGUAUUAUAUCGUGUCUAGUCGUGUCAUUUUAGUGUUGACGAUCGUCUUUCGAGUAUUGUUUUGAAUUUUUUCAAAGUAUUCUUUCCUCUUGUUUCUAGUACCACCGAAUGAUGAUUGGGUGCAGAACAGAUGAUAACAUUUCAAAUGAAAACGACAUAUCAGUUCGUGACGCAUUUCAUUACUACUGGGAAGAAAAUCGUCUGAAGUCUUUCACUAACUGGCCAUUCAGUGACAAAAACCAGUGCAACCCUAAAAAGAUGGCACAAGCUGGUUUCUAUGCUUGUGGAAGUAAAGAUGAAACAGAUUUGGCAAAAUGUUUCUUCUGUGACAAAGAGCUUGAUGGUUGGGAACCUGACGAUGAUCCUUGGUUGGAACAUUCUAAGCAUUCAAAGAACUGUAUUUUUCUCAAAUACAAUGGAGCAGAAGAUGACCUGACUGUUGAAGAACAUACAGAAUUAAUUACGACGUAUUUUGAAAAUGUGCUAAAUAAAAAAGUUGCUUCAGUUCAGGCAAAAAUACAGAAGGAUUUUAAUGAAACACUUGCUACAGCCAAAUCAGUCAAGAAGAAAUAAUCAAUGAUUAAAUCUAGAGCUCAACUACUCGGAUACAUCAAGGGAGUUCAAGGGAAGGGAAGUGAAGUGAAGUGAAACUUUAUGGUGGAACUAUAGUUCAGAGUUGUUGUGAAUUCUCCAGAAAAAACAAUGAACAAUAUUUUCUACUAAUCUAACAAUCUUUAAUCAUAUAAGUUGGGUACCCCAAGUAAUUUUUUAUAUGAAAUUGUUUAAUAUCUAAUAAAUAAUAAAAAACGAGUUAAUUUUUAAAA